CUAGUGUGAGGGAAAUCAUUAGCAAUGCAAAGUCAUGGUGCUAUGAUACUCUUGUUCACAGUAACGGAUUGACAAACAAAAAAAAUCUGCUAAUGUCAACGUAAAUGCUGCUGGAUGUGCUUUAUUCCAAAAUACAGCUGAAGACCCGGAACUAAAGAUGAACUGGGCAUCGUUUUAUGCUGUCAUCAGCGGGGUGAACAGACACUCCACAGGCAUCGGUCGCAUCUGGCUCUCUGUCCUCUUCAUUUUCCGCAUCCUGGUCCUGGUGGUGGCGGCGGAGAGCGUGUGGGGCGACGAGAAGUCGGGCUUCACCUGCAACACCCAGCAGCCGGGCUGCAACAGCGUCUGCUACGACCACUUCUUCCCCAUCUCCCACAUCCGCCUCUGGGCGCUGCAGCUCAUCCUGGUCUCCACCCCUGCCUUGUUGGUGGCCAUGCACGUGGCCCACCGCCGCCACGUGGACAAGAGGAUCUACAAACUGUCAGGGCGAUCCAACCCCAAAGACCUGGAGAUGAUAAAGACCCAGAAGAUGAAAAUCUCAGGGGCUCUCUGGUGGACGUACGUCAUCAGCCUGUUUUUCCGCAUCGGCUUUGAGGUCACCUUUAUGUAUUUGUUUUACAUGAUCUACCCUGGGUACAAGAUGAUCCGGCUGGUGAAGUGUGACUCGUACCCCUGUCCCAACACCGUGGACUGCUUCGUGUCGAGGCCCACCGAGAAAACUGUGUUCACCGUGUUCAUGCUGACUGUGUCGGGGGUUUGUAUUAUACUCAACAUCGCAGAGGUGCUGUUCCUGGUGGGGAAGGCCUGCGGGAAGCAUUUGCACACUGCUGGAGAAUCGACUGUGGGGGCUUGGAUCCAACAGAAACUCUGCUCGUAACACAGAUCUCAUACCCGUCCAAAGGGAUUACACUGAAAAAACUGAAACGUUGACUUUAGUUAAAUGUUUUAUGUCAACAGAUUACACAUAACUGUAUUAAGUUAGUUGAAAGCAAUACUAUCAAAUUAAACUUGUUUUUAUUGCUUUCAACUAA